AUGGUAUUAGAAUAUAUGAAAGAAUAUUUGAAUCUGUUUGAAUCAACAAAUAAUACAAAUAAGUUGACAAUAUUAUCAGUGCUUAGUCAUUGCGUUAAACAUUGGUCUGUCUUACAGAAUCCUCAAAACUUUACUGAAUCAAAUUUACAAUUCAUUAUUAUGAGAUUAACUCCAGGAAGUUUUCUUCCACUCUAUUAUCAUGCUCAAAAUGCUGCAAUUCUAAUUGAAAUUGAAGAAAACAAUAUUCAACAACCAUUAGUCUCAUCUUGGCAAGUCUUAUUACCAACUGCAGAAAUUACUUCUGCUCUUGUUCCUCAUCUCUCUUGCUUUCCAGUAACAACAUAA